GGCAAUUCUGUCAGACUGUAGUUGGGAAAAAUUGGUGCAAAGUUGUGUUUUUCUGCUGGUGGUUGCUGGAAAUUUCUCUCGUCCUAGCAAAAGAGCCGUGCAAAUCCGCUGGUUGUUCUGCACACGAUGGCCGAACUACUGAUUGACCCCAACAUCCGCGGAUGGGUGUUUUUGCCCAUCGUUGUGAUCACGUUUCUGGUAGGAAUCAUCCGGCACUACUUCUCCAUCCUGAUAUCGUCGCAGAAAAAGGCGGAACUUACCCAGAUCCAGGACAGCCAGGCAAUGAUCCGUGCGCGGUUACUGCGCGAAAACGGCAAGUACCUGUCGCAGCAGUCGUUCGCGAUGCGCAGACACUACUUCAACAACGAGGAUACGGGCUACUUCAAGACCCAGAAGCGAGCGCCACCCAGCCCGAACUCGACGGCAAUGCUGUCGGAUCUGGUGAAGGGGAACUUCAUCAACGUACUACCCAUGAUUGUGAUCGGCGGAUGGAUCAAUUGGAUGUUUUCGGGCUUCGUAACCACGAAGGUGCCGUUCCCGCUGACCCUUCGCUUUAAGCCGAUGUUGCAGCGAGGCAUCGAACUCGCCUCCCUUGAUGCUGCCUGGGUAUCGUCCGCCUCGUGGUACUUCCUGAACGUGUUCGGCCUGCGGAGUAUCUACACACUCGUGCUGGGUGAAAAUAAUGCGGCCGAUCAAACACAAUCGAUGCAGGAUCAGAUGUCGGGCGCUGCUGUAGCCAUGCCACAAGACCCGAAAGCAGCCUUCAAGGCAGAAUGGGAGGCACUGCAGAUCACGGAGUAUCAAAAUGUUCUAGCAAACGUGGAAAGCGAGCUACUGGCCAGUAGUGGUUUGGCUGGCGACCAAACAGGUGCACCUUCAUUGCUUCAGUCCAGUCGAGGCGAGGACAGUUCCGCCCUUCGGAAUUAGUGUGAAGGUCUGUAGCAAAUACAUUUACCGACUAUUUGUUUUAGAACGCGUGGCAAGUCAAAGGCAGUGCAAGGCGGGUGUGGGGCGAUUUUAGCAGAGUAAAUCCGUUCCUUUUGUUUCACUCUUAGACCAAGGUUUUCCUUAUAGAACAGCUGGCAUAAGGCUCUAGUGCAGACAGUUUAACAAAAUGGCAUGGAGUCAUUCGUAAGGAGUUGGUAGUUAAAUGAAUUAUUUAAGUCAACUGUAAAGCGAACGGCUUUGCCAAGUACUAACUACUUCGUUAAUACGAUGCAAAGCGAUACGAGGAAUAAAAAAAGAACAACACAAACCAUGCGUAA